CCUGGGAAAUGAUGAGUCGUAUAACUUCAGCGUAGUGGGCGUGGGCGCUGGUGGAGGUGGGCGGGAGGUGGUAACGGAUCUACGGGCGUGGGUGCAGUAUGCAGUUGCCGUAAGAGCAUACAACGCCCACGGAGCCGGACCCGUGUCUCCGCCCGUCGUGGUCAGGACGUUGGAAGACGUACCCUCUUCUCCCCCCGUGGGCGUGGAGUGCAGCGGGGGAGCCGGAGGGACAUCGCUGUACGUGAGGUGGGCGCCGCCGCCGCCCGCCUUCCACAACGGCCUGCUGCAGGGCUACCGCCUCACCCUCACGCGCCUAGAUGACUCGACAGAGAAGGUGGAAGAGCUCAUCCGAAUGACGAGUGGGCGCGAGGAGAGCGUGGGCGGUCUGCGGGCGUGGUCAAAUUACACGGUGACGGUGGCGGCCGUGACAAGGGCGGGCGCGGGCGUGUCCUCGCCUGACCUUAUCUGCACCACGAGGGAGGAUGUUGGGCAAAGAAGUCGUGGCCACACUGGGGGAUGACGUUAGAUUUGUCUGCGUGACUGUGGGCGCGCCUCCGCCCAUGCCCGCCUGGAGUGUCGACGGCAGGCACUUGGAGAAGGACGGGCGGUUCACGCAAGAGGCUGACGGUUCGCUCGUCAUCCGCGGGGUUGAGCGAGGCGACCUCGGCAACUAUACCUGCUCCAUCCACAGUGUGCGGAAGUCCCCGUACGUGCACACCUCCACCACAUACGUCCUGCACGUGCAAGUGCCACCGAAGGCGCCCUCAGUGCAUAUCGCAGAUGCCACAUCCUCUACGCUGACGGUAUCGUGGGCGGCGGGGGACACGGGCGGCGCUCCAGUCCGGGCAUGGGCUGUGUGGUGGCGGGCGGCGGUGGGCGGAGGAGUGUGGCACACGCGGGAGCUCGGGCGGACACACUCCAGACAUGUCAUCAACGAACUGCAGUGUGGAACCGAGUAUCAGUCGGGCAACAGCACGGGCGUGUGGGCGUGGCUGGGGCGUUGGGUGGACGGCGGCUGCCCCAUCACGCACUUCACGCUGGAGCUCCGGCGCCCCCGAGAUCCCACCUGGACCACGUUGGCAAGCAGUCUGGCGCCUCAGGACGUGUACGAAGUGGGAGGCCUGCAGGCGGGCGCGAUCUACGGGCUAAGGCUGACCGCCCACAACGCCGCGGGCGCCACGACCAGCACCGUAGACAUAAGCACAGGCCCCGGGGGCGGCCUGGGGGCGCAGCCGGCAGGAGUGGCCGCUGGCAGGAGCGGGCGCGGGGCCCCCGAAGACCAGGAGGCGGAGCAGAACAAGACGAACCUUCUGCAGCAGCGAGACACCUACUACGCCACCGUCAGGAAGCCUCAGCCAGUACCUGCUACUCUUGAGAGAAUACCAGGUACCACGGAGAAGGAGACAGGUAGUGUACCUGCACGGCGAGCUUAUCUUGCUGUGAGUGGAGUACCAGUGGCCCCUUUUAAGGCUGUUGCUCCAAACUUGGGUUGGCGUCCUCCUAAUCUGCCAGCCGCUGCCAACAAGGAAAGCAAAGCCUCGUCCUCGUCUUUUAUUUCGCGUAUUUCUAGCUGUAUUUAA